AUGGAGUCUAAUCAAACUUCGGAACAAAUCGUGAUGCCGGACAUAUCCGAUCCAUUGGCGAACAAUCCCGAGGACCAUCAAAGUAUUACUUUAGACCGGUCGAAAUGUAGUGUUGUUACAUCUGUACAGGAAGGUUUGCCCGUAGGUUCGUUGAUAGGAGUUGCAAGUCCUUCUGGGACAACCUUUAAUGUCAUUACCCAUGAUCAACUUCAGAUUUCUGGAUCUAAUCAAUUUAAAGGAUCUGUCCUUUGUGUCGACAGUAGUUUUUUAUGUGAAACACGGCCGGAGAAAGAAAAUGAUCGCACAAUACGAACCUGGGUAAACAGGAGUAACAAUGAGAGUGUUAAAACCACUCAUAUAUUAUGUGAGCCAGAAGUAGAUAAUAGAGAAUCUGAAAAUAAUUCUCAGCAAAUGCUUUGCCAAAAUUCCGAAUGGGUUGAUGCUGCACAUUUACCCGUUCUUUCCGUUAGGUGUAAGAAUACUAACGCAGAACUUUACAAAAAAAAAUUUGGAUCUGGUGGAAGAGGUAGAUGUAUUAAAUUAGAUAAUAAUUGGUACACUCCAAAUGAAUUUGAAGCAUUCUGCGGAAGGGCCUCGAGUAAAGAUUGGAAAAGAAGUAUUCGAUUUGGUGGUAGAAGUCUUCAAGCUUUAAUAGACAAUGGAUUACUAGUUCCUCAUGCCAUCGCAUGUACUUGUGCCGCUUGUUGCGAUGAUGAUACUGCAACAGGUCCUGUAAGAUUGUUUACUCCUUACAAAAGAAGAAGGAAAAAGGAAUUAGAUUUUGAAGGAAGAAACAGUCAAAGUAAGACUAGAAAAGUAUUAACAGUUAAAGAAGAAAACAGCAAUCCAGAAAGCGAAACUGAAGAUACAACAGAGCCUAAAAUUAAUCAAGACUGGUCUUCGACUCAAUCAUAUGUUCAAAUAAAGAAUGAUUUGGGAGAAGAACUUGUAGUGACAACAGCUCCUGCUGAUGAUCAAUCUUCCACAGUUCAUGUCGAACAAGUUACUAAAAACGAAUCUAAAAGUAGAUAUUCUAUAAAUGAAAAUGGCGAUAAGAAAGCUAGUUCGGAUAAUGAAAAUGCAAUUUUUAGAAAACUCGAAGAAAUGUCAGAAAAAAUGUUAAAAUUAUCUUAUCAAUUUAGACACACUGUCGAAGAAUUAAGAGUGCAAUGGAUGCAAGAAAAGGAAGGAAUGAGAGAAGCACAUUUGAGAGAAAAAGAACAAGCUAUAUUGAAUGCUCAAAUGGAAACGCAGGUGGCUUGCACGAGAGAAGGUUUCGAAACGAGAGAACAAAUACUUCCCGUCCACGUGGUGAACGCCGUUGAAACCGUUGGCCUUCAACCCACAACAGACAGCAAUGAAAAUAAAAAGUGUGCAAAUUGCAACAGGGAUGCAUUUGCCGAAUGUUCUCUAUGUCGUAGAACUCCAUAUUGUUCGACAUUCUGUCAGAGAAAAGACUGGGGAGGUCAUCAAGUCGAAUGCGUGCGUGAUCAACCGGGUUCCAUAAUGCUCAUUGUCGAAAGCACGGAACACGUACAACAAAUUUUACCACACGCUAAAGCUUUGCCGUGA